AUGCGUUCAAUCACGCUCCCUUUCAUCGCGCUGUUUACGAGUCUUUUAUCUAUUGCCCCGGGUCAUGCUCAGUUGCAGUGGCGUGUAUUCUAUCAGAACGGUACGAAUGGUCAAUUGGAAGUCCUUGACACUAAGGACAAGGUGUUGAUCUCAUCCACCGUAUCAAGCCUCGAUGCAGUCACGAACAACGGUGCCAAAGGCCAACGCUAUCGCUGGGGUGGUAGCGGUGACAACGUCAACAUCGAAUGCCAAACCUCAACGAAACACUUCGUCGGAUUCGAUGCCAACAAACAACAAUUCAAGGCAGACUUCGCGCAGAAUCAUGUCGAUGCCCUGGUGCAGAUUCAUGCGGACGCGAGUAACUCGACGGCGGUGAUGUGUAAUAACGACAACUGUAUUGGGUCGGGUGGAUCACCUGUAUCGCAGUCGGAUCCAAAGGCUACGUGGGCGUUCCAUGUCAUCCAACAGGCAUGA